AUGGUUCUUGACACGAAUAGCGAAAUAGUGUGCAAAAUGGGAGGUUUUGAGGUGGAAAAAUUCCUUUUUUUCGAAAAAAACUUGCGUGAAAUGAAGUAAAAGAAAAAAAUUGACUAAAAAAAUAUUCUUUGAUUUUUUUGAAAAUCUCUCUUUGUAAACUACGUUCUUUUGAGCAGAUUUGAAAUAUUUAAAGAGCAUAGUUUAAAAAAAUUGAAAAUAGGUAAACUUAGGACAAUUUGAAUCUUGCAAGUGCGCUCUAGCGAACUGCAAAACUUUGAUUUUUGGUAAGACCUCAGAAAAAUUUUUUUAUUUAGUUGAUCGGUUCUCGGACGCCCCAUGAGUAUUUCUAGUGAUCCCUUUAGUGGCGUCAGCACUUGAGUGACCCCUAGAAAAGCUCAGAAACGUCCGAAAGACCGAGAUCAAAGACGCUGUUCACUGGAGCGCACUUGUUGGUUUUUUUUUAGCCAGGGAAAGCUUUUUUUUAGAAGAGUUUUUGCGCCUUUAAGGAACUUGUUCAGACAGAAAAUGUUGUGAAAAUUCAAGAAAUGGUAAACUUUUUAAGGGAGAUUUCAAGCCUAAAGACAUGAAUUUUUGUAAAAUUCCGAGAAAAUAAGAAAAAAAAACCACAGGCCUUUAACCGAGGCGGACUCGAACUGCUGACGAGUUUGGCGACAAUUUCCCUCAAUUCGCCAUUUUCUUCUCGGAUUGCCCUGAAUACGGCAAGAUUUCAGAGCAUGAAUCAUACAGUACUCUUGGAAUGAUUACUGUAGUCAUACUGUGGAAAUAUGACUAACUGAAUGGUCCUGCAUGCGAUUUAUUAACAUUGGUGUAUUUUUGGAAGGUUCUGGGUGAUUUUUUGAAUUUUUUCUUCAUUUCUCUGCACUCUCUUUUCUCUCGGGAACCUUCCCGUUUUUACACGCUAUUUUCUUGUUCUCACGGCCUCGCCGACGAAGGAAAAGAGAGCGCAGACAGGUCAGAGGAAGUGUAGGAAAAGCUCUUUUCAAGCGCGAAAAUCCAAGCGAAUUUCACCUUUUGCAUGAAUUUUCUCUUCAUUUUUAAAAAAUAGCAGAUGUUUUUGAACAUUUAUUUCAGGAGAAGAGAUACCAAGCUGAACGCCUCGAGCACGAGUACCGGAAUAAUCAACGACGGAACAACCACAAUCCGGAAAACCUCAAAGUCAUGGAGCACUGGGUACCGCCGGAGAACACCGUCAAGAUCAAGGUUUUCAUCUUGCGCAUGAGGAAUGGCUCGAAGCGUCGCGGUCGCGAUGCGGUUGGAUUCAAGCCUAUGAAGCUGAAUUUGCAACUUGAUCCAUUCUGCAAUUUCAAAUACUAAUUCAAUUUAAUUCAAUUCAAUUUAUUCAGUCUUCAGAGUAAGAUGAAGAAAAUCUCUGCUGGAUCAUGGUAUAAUCGAAGAGUUAGUCGUCGGCGCGGGUUACGGUCCACAAUCGUUGUCCAAUACGUCCCGGAGUGACAGCUAGCGUUGGGAAAUAAUGUGGGCCCGUUGGUAGUACCAGCGAAUAAACUGCUUCACCAUGUUGGAACAGUACGGCGCCCAGCUUGUCCAGGGCUGACGGGCGUCGAAAUAUUAUCCCAUGAGAGAUCGGCAAUGAGACCGACCAGUCGACGUGAUUAAAUGAGAUAAUAAUCAAAUAUUUCAAAUACCGACAGGCGUAAAUCGUUUCUGGUCGGGCGCGACUUUGAGCAUCCACUUCGCUUUUUUGAGUCUAUGACGCUGACUCGAAAGCUUGAUACAAGGCUUCUUGAUACCAUCGCGUGAACAGCUUUUCAUAAAAUCAACUCCUGCAAAUUCGAGAGACGCAGCCUCUAAAAUUUCAAAUACGGGCAGGCGCAACUCGUUUUGGGUCCGACGCGUCUUUAAAAAAUUUUUUUUUGAGCCAUUCUUCAUGCGAACAAGAAGCUAAAAUUUUCAGAAAGAAACUCAGAACAUUUUCAGUCCUCGCCAGUGAAUGCACAAAAAAUGAAGAUUCCCAAAGUUCGAGAGCCUAAGGACAGCAGCAGUAGCAGCAAGAAGAGCAGUGGUUCGUUUUUUUUAUAGUUUAAGGACAAUAUGCUUAAAAAAUCCAGGAUGAAAACCUAUGGGAAAAUAGCUUUCGGACUGGUAUUCCAAACCUUUUUCCUGAUUAUUUAAUUGAAAAGUUCAAAAAAAAAAAAAUAUACAACGGAAGUUUUUAGAAUUGCUCCUUGAUUUAGUGGUUUCCAAUUUGAGCUUCUAUGUCCUUCGAAAACUUUAAAAAUAUACUUUUAAUCGUUCCUGUACACUUUCCCCUAGAACUUCCGCAUUCUCCAAUGAGAAAAUUUCAAUAAAUCUCUCAUACUUUGCCACCCGUGCAAGCCAUUCAACCGCUUACGAAUUCGGGCCGAUUUCCGGCGACUUUUCAGUAUUUUUCCCCUACUUGCUUCAGAAUCGAAGCCGCCGCCUGGAAUGAAGCGACUUUUCUGGACCGUCUCCAGAACUAUUGGGAAAGUUUCGACGAUGCUCGGCGCGGCGUCCAACCGCGUCAGGUCGGCACACAACCGAUUCAGAGCCAACCGCGUUGUCCCUAUUCAUACCAAGUUUGUUGCUUUUCUUUUAUUUUUUGUACGUGACGAUGACGCUGUUUUUAAUCGGGCCGAUCCCUUAGAAGAAAGAAAAACCGUUCUCUGUAAAAUUGGAAGUCGCGCAGAGUCUUAGACAGUGCAUAGAAUGAGGAAAGUACGAGUCUGGUCUCUCCAAUUUUACCGUGCUCUCUGAACUGCUCUAUGACCUUUUUUCUUCUGAUCUCUAAUGGAACGGGUCUGCAAUGCCCCGUCGCGUGUAGAGCCGUGUAUGCAGAUGCCGAGUGCUUUUCUAGAGAUCACGGUAAACUUAGAGAGACCAGAUCGCGAUAUGGUGGCUUGCACCUUUACGUUCUUUAGUUUGAAUUUUUUUUAAUCUGUGAAAACUACACUUUUUGUACAACUUUUUUCCGCCUCAUAACAUUAUUUUCUCUUGUCAGAGUCCAAACUCGACAUCUGGAACUCGAACCGCUUUGUUGCUUAUCUUCUUGUCUUGUACGUGGCGGAUGUACGACUGUCGUCGUUUUUGAGGUAAAUCUUGUUUCUUUAAGAAAUAUUCCUCUAUAAUUUUGUGAAAAAUAAACGUUCAGCGCUUCAUUUGAUAAAAAGCGAUUAUUUUUUUCAAAAACCCUCAUAAGUAAUUUAUAGUGUUGUUCAAAGAAAAAUGAAAAAGGAUAAAAAAAUUAAAUCGAGGCGAGGAGCCGUAAAGUGUGCACUGGAGCGCACUUGUCUGGGAAAGUAUCGAUUGAGACAAAUUUUCAUCAUUUUCAAUUUUUAUUUUCGCUUUUGUUUUUUAAAUCCUUUCUCAGUGUUAUUGUUUUCAGUUAUGUUACGUUGUCGUCACAUUUCUAUGCAUCCUGGGCGGAAUGAUGCGCGGAGGAUUCACUUUUUGGGAACCGAUCCCGAAAACCUUCAACGAAUUGUUUGGACACGAUCUUUUCUAUUAUCCUAUACUCAUUUAUGAUUUGGUAUGUAUUUUUCUAGAUUUCUAAAAUUAUUUUAAGAUAAUUUUUCAGGCAGUCGUGAUAAUGGCUAUCGCCACAGCGAGAGGAUUGUUGAAUUUUGACAAGGUUCAUGUUUUUCUAUUUUGUUGAUAAAGUUGUGGAAAUUGAAGAUCAGAGAUUUUUUUUUGUAUUUUUUGCAUCGCUUGUUGAGUUAGCAGAAUUUUUUUGUGUAAUGAUGAUCCUGAAAAAUAAUGAAAAUUUCGAAGAUUACUAUUAAUUUUAUUUUUUUGAUACGAAGUGGUUUCAGCUGAAAACUCAUCCGAAAACUCGGUUCUAUCGAAUUUCGCUGCUUUAUUGAAUCAUUCUGAAGUGAAAAAAAUAUUUAAAACAUUAAGAAUAAAAGAUGUUUUGGUGGGAAAUUUAGCUUAAAGUCUGUUUAAUGUGAGGUUUUGAUGCAUUCUAUUAAAAAUCUCCCAUGUCUUAGUUUUCAGUGCAUUCAUCUACCUUGUGAGGUAUUUAACAAAUUUUUCAAAUAUUUUUUCUCAGUAUAGAUGUCAGGAAACAUCUCAAUCUUCACUUCAAGAGGAAUAAAAAAUUUUUUCAUCGAAAAAAGUCAAAAUGUCGAUUUUCAGGCAAUCCUCCGGGCCCACUACUACUUCUGCUUCGUCUCCUUGGCGGUGAACGUCGUCUUUUUGAUAUUUUCCGCUUGGGCGCUCGCCAGCCCGGGUCCCUGCAAGUUCACGCCGCUGAACGUCUUGCUCAUGUUCUGCUUCUUCGCCCAGAUUCCCUUGCAAAUUUGGGCCAUGUCCGUUGUUAAAAGUUGUCGCGACUUUUUUGCUCUUAUUCAUGUUUUCGUUGCACUAGCCGAGGCUUGA